AUGCUCCUGGACGCGGGGCCGCAGUUCUCGGCCAUCGGGGUGGGCAGCUUCGCGCGCCACCAUCACCAUUCGGCUGCUGCAGCGGCGGCUGCGGCCGCCGAGAUGCAGGACCGAGAACUGAGUUUGGCAGCGGCACAGAACGGCUUCGUAGACUCGGCGGCCGCGCACAUGGGCGCUUUCAAGCUCAACCCGGGCGCGCAUGAACUGUCCCCCGGCCAGAGCUCGGCAUUCACGUCUCAGGGCCCGGGCGCCUACCCGGGCUCCGCUGCCGCGGCUGCCGCUGCCGCCGCGCUCGGGCCCCAUGCAGCCCACGUCGGCUCCUACUCCGGGCCGCCCUUCAACUCCACCCGGGACUUCCUGUUUCGCAGUCGCGGCUUUGGGGACUCAGCGCCAGGCAGUGGGCAGCAUGGGUUGUUCGGGCCGGGAGCAGGCGGCCUGCACCACGCGCACUCGGACGCGCAAGGCCACCUUCUCUUCCCUGGCCUCCCAGAGCAGCAUGGGCCGCACAGCUCGCAGAAUGUGCUCAACGGGCAGAUGCGCCUCGGGCUGCCGGGUGAGGUGUUCGGGCGCUCGGAGCAGUACCGUCAGGUGGCCAGCCCGCGGACCGACCCCUAUUCGGCAGCGCAGCUCCACAACCAGUAUGGCCCUAUGAAUAUGAACAUGGGUAUGAACAUGGCAGCGGCCGCGGCCCACCAUCACCACCACCACCACCACCCCGGUGCCUUUUUCCGCUAUAUGCGACAGCAGUGCAUCAAGCAGGAACUCAUCUGCAAGUGGAUCGACCCUGAGCAACUGAGCAACCCCAAGAAGAGCUGCAACAAAACUUUCAGCACCAUGCACGAGCUGGUGACCCACGUCUCCGUGGAGCACGUCGGCGGCCCGGAGCAGAGCAACCAUGUCUGCUUCUGGGAGGAGUGCCCGCGCGAGGGCAAACCCUUCAAGGCCAAAUACAAACUAGUCAACCACAUUCGCGUGCACACCGGCGAGAAGCCUUUUCCCUGCCCCUUCCCAGGCUGCGGCAAGGUCUUCGCGCGUUCCGAGAACCUCAAGAUCCACAAAAGGACCCACACAGGGGAGAAGCCAUUCCAGUGUGAGUUCGAGGGCUGCGACCGGCGCUUUGCCAACAGCAGCGACCGGAAGAAGCACAUGCACGUCCACACCUCCGAUAAGCCCUAUCUCUGCAAGAUGUGUGACAAGUCCUACACGCACCCCAGUUCACUGCGGAAGCACAUGAAGGUCCAUGAGUCCUCCCCGCAAGGCUCUGAGUCCUCCCCGGCCGCCAGCUCCGGCUACGAGUCGUCCACGCCCCCGGGAUUGGUGUCCCCCAGCGCCGAGCCCCAGAGCAGCUCCAACUUGUCCCCGGCGGCGGCAGCGGCGGCGGCAGCGGCCGCCGCGGUGUCGGCGGUGCACCGGAGCGGAGGCUCAGGAAGCGGAGGAGCGGGCGGAGGCUCAGGCGGUGGCGGUGGUAGCGGCGGGGGCGGCGGCGGGGCUGGUGGCGGGGGCGGCGGCGGCUCCAGUGGGGGCAGCGGGACAGCAGGAGGCCACAGCGGCCUCUCCUCCAACUUCAAUGAAUGGUACGUGUGAGGGGCCUUGGUCUCUCUCUCCCUGUCCCCGACCCCACCCUGGUGAAGCAGCCCUCUCAGUGCUAGCUCCAAGGGGACUUGUGAUUGUGUUGUUAUAAUUAUGAAUCUGAUUUUUAUGAUACUGAAAAAGAUUUUACCAGCAGAAGGAUUUUUUAAAGUUCUUUUUUUUAAGGUAGGCAUGAAAAGCAAAAAAAUAUCACUUCCGGGAAUCUCUGCAACUAAAACUAUAAAAUAAAUAAAAAUUUUAAGUUUUUUUUUAAACCAAGAAAAAUAUUGAACCAAACCCUCCUGCCUCCUGUCCGUCCCCAUGCCCCCUGCCCCAGUCUCUGAUAAACUGUACAUAGCAAACUCCUCCUUCCUUCUCUGAGGUGGUUUUAAUGGAUUCUUGGUGUAUAGAAGUUUGUCUGUUUGUAAAAAAAAAAACAACCUCCUGGUUGCAUUUCCUUCUUGCCUUCUCACCUUCCCCAAGUGAUGGACUUUCUCUUUUCUCUUUUUUAGUUCACCCAGUUUCUUUUUUAAGUAAAGUGGAAGAAAAUGGCUUAUUUUGUAUUGUGGUAUAGAAUAUUGUGUUCAUUUUUAUGAGGCAACUUGAUUGUAAACUUCAUGCAACUAUAGACUGGAAAAAAGAAAAAGGAAAAAAAAAAAAGAACUGUGCCAAAGUCUCCCUUCUGUUCCUUCUUCAACACACCAAUCCACAGCACACACACUCCACCACCACCACCGCUUGUGAAUGUAUUUUUCUGUUAGCUGGGUUUACCUGUGAUGUUUAGUGCUUUUGCAAGUUAAAUUUGUUAGUUCCUGUAUGAAAGAUUGUGGGGUGGGGGGGGAAUAAACGUUGUGCCGUUAGCUUUUUCCGUAAAGACACGCCCUUCCUUUUGUAAAUACCCGUUACCAUAUUUAUCCAUUUGUAAUUAAAUUAUGGUAUUAACUUGCUACAGAGGAAACAAUAUUUAUAAAGAAUGUUUCUUAACUAUAAAUAUGUACACUUGUGGGCAUAAACUGUUUCAGAUUUUUUAUUUGAAGGUUUUAAGUGGUUUGAUCAUUUCUUGUGAUAUGUUUUGAGAGUAAUGCAUACAGAAAUAUAAUAAAAUGUGUUGAAACUGCA